AUGUGUAACAAAGCGCUUCUCGCCCUGCUGGUCUAUGGGAUAAUCAUGCACUGCAGCGUCUACUGCUCGCCUGCUGCUGGACUCCAAUACCCCGCGCUGAGGUGAGUGAAUGCCCGGCUCUCCCCACCCGACUGGGAGCCAGGGCUUGGCUUAUUAUACUGCAUGGGAUUUCUUUCCCCCACCCUUCUCUCGCCACUGCUAACCGGGUCCAGACGCUUCGCUGGGAGCUGUCCAGCUCAGAUUCAGCCUUCUAGCCUCCAGCUAGAGACAAAUUGUCCCUUUCCUUGCCAAGAAGGAAAACUCCCCAAGAAUUCCCUCAUUCUCUAACCUUGGGGAACCCACGCAGCUCAAGGUUCCAAGUCCGGGUUAGGUCACUUGCUUAGAGACAUUGAUAGCUGAUGCUCUAAGGAACCCUCCAGGUUAGAAACACAGGCUGCUGUCCUUAGCGCAGCGGUGAAAUUGACUACCGAGCAACUGUGCAAGUUGCGUUUGGUGUGUGUGUCUCUCUCUCUGUGUGAAAGAGAUUGCGCGUGCGUGCUGGUGCGCGCGCCUGAGAAUUACUUAAUUAAAUGCUCGUAGGGAACCGCGAUAUCCUACAAUAUAUUCGUCUCCGAAAUGUAUACAAUUUCAUUUCACCGUCCUCCGCUUUCUCCAAUAUAAGCAAUGCUUAUCUUGGGGUUCCCAUUCGCUUUCUGUUCUGUGGUAUGAAUUCUAUACCACCAUUCCAUGAGAUUGGGUCUGAAGCAUAAACCGAAAUAUAAAGCCACUCAUUGACAUGCCAGGCUAUUAACUCCAAGUUAUGCGUUUAGAAACAGGGUGUGUGUGUGUGUGAAGCUUAUGUGUGUUUAUCUGCAACAGUUGUGAGAUAUGUGGAGUUUCUUUCCAGAUAAUCAGAGUGCCAAACAUUGAGAAAUACAGGCAGAUUACGAUAGACCAGCCAUUCUGAUAUCUAAAAGGUUGACUCCGAAAUAAAUGUACCUGUAGCCCAAUUCUACGCACAUAUAUUCUGGAAAAAACCCUUUUAUGAUUUUAGAUUGUGUGCAUAGGAGCAUCCCUGGGCUCACAACGAAAGUAUGUUUCUAUCUAGGACAUAGGUAUACCUGUAUACAUGUAGACUUCUAAUCCCGAAUUUGGCUGCCUAUUACCUGCUGCGUUUGCCUGGCAGGUACUGAACCUGUAGGCAAAUUGUUAGAGAAAGGCUUUGGGUUAUAGCUAAGGACUCUGCGGUGUCUGCUACGUUUCUGGCAAUACGGAUCACAGGUAGGAAAUUACAUCUAGUGAGUAAUAUAUUACAGCAGAAGUGUUACGGUAUGUAUGAUGGGCGACUCAAUCCACACAUGAUGCAUUGAUACGAUCACAUCCUACAGUACUUGGAAUGGUUGAACUCGGUAGGUAUAAUGCAUGUACCUGGCGGAGGCCCCGCUAAUUUCAAUGGCGCCUGCUGCUUAAGCAGCCGUGCUUAGAAGGAAAGUGCGCAUCUAGGGAAGGCAGGUUAAAAUGAAUCGCCGUGGCCCAGACUGAAGCUACCAUUAAUGUAUACGCGUGAAGUGUGUAGGGUUGGCCCCAUCCGUGAAAUUCUAUUGGCUGGCGCAGUUUGUCAUUUCGAUCUUCAUAUUUCUCUGUAAGAUUUUAAAGCUUCGAUGGUGCGGGUCUUUUAAAUGGAAACACUGUAGGAUUGAGCUUUACUAAAUUGAUUUCCCGCAAGUAUAACUUUUAUUGAAAGGAAAAUGUGGAUGGACUGCUAAGAUCGCUCCACCAAAUGCCAUUCAACUGGGAUUCUUACCAAAAGGUUUGCUUCUGGAAUAACCAUACUGAAUCUAACGAGCAGGCCUGUACCUUAAGGUUGCAAACCCAAAUGCAUGCCCCAGGAAGUUAAAUUCCACUGAAAUGUGUUUUUUUAAUCUAGGCUGUUUAAACUGCAUCCCUCAGUCAACUGUCUCAUACCAGGAACCUGAGCACAUUUUUUUGGCAAUAAGCUCCACAGUGAUUUAUAGUAGAGUAUAGACUAUGGAUUGAUGAUAGCAACUUUACUUUUAGGAUGGCAGGACAAGCCUGUAACACCACCCGGGAGCAGUUCCCUGUUAUCAUUAGCAGUAUCGACAGACGGUCGGUAGUAGAGAUAGAGUAGAGUAGUAGAGAUUGGCUGCCUUGUUGCUCCCAAAAUUACCCAAAAGGGAGCCUGAGUCGACCAGGAGUCUAUAACCUUUAAUACGCCACAAGGCUCCUUCCGCAUAACCUAAGUUGGUUGUAUCGACUUUAUACCCCUUUGUUCCAAAUUUCCUCUUAUUAAAAGUGGAGCCUCCUUGAUCAGGAGCAGCCGAUCUGUAACGAACGGCUGCUUGUGAACUUCCCAAACGCUUAGGGCAAACCACUCUAGAGGACAGAAGGCAGAGCAAGAUGGGAUUUUUGAGCCAGCAAGACAAAUAUUGCGCUUUUUCGAAAAUCCCUCCAAGGUGGCCCAGCGGAGACCGUUUGCGGAGCGGUGCUGAGGACUUCCGUCAGGGUGCUGAGUCCGGGAAGGCUGCUGCGCCCAGACCAACAGGGUGCUUUCCCCCAGCGUUGCUUUCCCCCCUCCUCUUUAAGAGGGACAGAAGCCAAGAACGCUACUGACCCCUAUUGGUUUCUAGAUCAGAAGGAUUGGGAGGAGGAGGGGCGGAUUCUUGUGAUCUGCCACCAAUCUUGGGGAAGCAGGAGGCUUUCCCUGCCCCCGGGGAGGGGGCACUGAGAAUGAAAGCGGCUCAGUCCUGGCGACAGAGUGCCCAACGCGCCGGGACGCUCCUGCCCAGGCUCUGAGGUUGUCCUGAGACGAACCAGCCUCUCCCACCCUCUUGGAAGAUUGUUGUCCAAGGUUCCCCCAGGUCUUUCAGCCCUCUUUGCCAACCGAGACCUGGGAGUUGGUGGGGCUGGGUGGCGGGAGCAGCUGUCAGUCCCGGGGAGGGGGACCCUCCCCCCCCCCAGUGGAUGUAGCGGGGGCGGUUCUUGGCUCCAUUCAAGCGCCUGAAUUAGCAGCCGCGAAACACUUGAGGAGCAUCCAUUAUUGAUAGCUCCUGCCAGAGCUCCGCAGACGAAAAUAGCUGCCGGAGAGACGCGCAGUGACCUAAAUCCGGCAGCAGGGAGACCACGACGGAGAUCAGGCUGGGUGGGAAGCGGGGAGGGGUGGGGAACCGUUGUAAGACGCAGAAAAGAGAGUGGAGAGCGUGUGUCUGCUUGCGCAGAGGAAGGAAGGAAGGGGAGAAACGCAAACUCAUGCCCCGAGUCCAGAGCCGCUCCAUUCCUGCGUUUUUAGAGACGUCUCCUCCCCAGGGGGUCUCCUCCUACUUCUCAGGAGUAGGGACACCCUGAGGCCUUGGGAGAAGGUGGGAAGAAAGCCCAGCCCACAGGAAGCUGCCUUAAACCGAGCCACAGCAUUGCAGUCAGUUUAGGAUUUCCAAUGUUCUUCGGUCUUGGAGCUCCAUAUACUAUUAGACUACAACUCCCAUCAUGCCCCGGCCAGUUUAGCCAAUGGUCAGGGAUGACGGGCGUUGUAAUCCGAAAAGAUCUGGGACCCAAGGUUGAGGAGAACUGGUCGAUACUGGGUUUCAGACAGAGGCUUUUCCAGUCCUACCAGGAGAUGCGAGGGGUUAAAUCUUAUGCAUUGUAAAAGUGUGUCUUACCAGAGCCCUUUCAAAUAUGUGAAGAAAAUAUCUGGGCAUUAAAAAUAUAGCCAUAAUAAAAACCCUAUUGCUUAUUUUUCACACGCUGAUUCUGGCCUGCUUCCCAGACACUGCGUGUGAAUGGCGUGUGUUGGGUGUAUAAAGAUCUUUUCAUCUCCCAAUCGUUUUUACACCGUUCCCUGGUUAGAUUCUGCGUUGCCCACAAGCCUGGAUUAAGGGUGCAAGGGAUCUCAGGCUAAUAGGAGGGAACUGUAUGUUGACGAGGGAGAGAAGCAUUAAUUAAUCAAACGAAUUAUCUUAAAUUAAUAUGUAUUAAAAUAAGAAAAGAAAUAAGAUAAAUAUCGGAACACUAAUUUCUUUAAAGGGAAAUCCCUCUUCUACCCUAUAGCUGUGGCAAAGUCACGAGUGAUGUAGUUCAUGCCUACAUACAGAGAUUCUCAUUUCACAACAACCCUGUGAGGAAGACAAGGCUACAAGAAAGUGGUGGGUCCGAGGUCGCCCAUUGAGCUUAACAGAGGGCCUAACCCAGAAGACUCUCCGGUUGUUGUCUCAACAUCCAGCCUAACUGGGGUUGAUGGAGUCCGCUAACAUCCGGAGGUCCACAGGUUCCCAUCACUGGUCUGAACCCUAGCAAUGUAAUGGUUAAUUCGUCCCUACGCGCCCAAGGUCUCCUCCCAACAAGUGACAUGGCCAAGCGAGGAUUUCAACCCAAUCUCCCAGCCUCCAUGCAUGCUCUGAUCCACUCCACUUCCACUGCCUCUGAACUGUCCGAGACACCGAAAUAAAAUCGAAACGAAACCGAUUUGCAGAAAGGCAGAAAGGAUUCCGGGGUGGGGAGGUCUUGAGUUCAAGAUCCCCUCCCCCUUUGUCCCACUGGGUCAACUGGGAGCGCGAAAAGCCUUUGGCUUGAAUGAGAAAAGAUGGGCGAAGACCUUUGAACGCUACCUGGGAACGGAGAACUGGAAGUGGACCCCUGGAUGGAAGGUGUAAUAGAGGGACAAAACAGGCGGCUGGCGAGCAGGAGGAAUUGUUGCAGAGAUGUCUGCCCCUCCUCCUCUUCCCUCCUCUCGUUUUGGCAGCCUGUGGGGCUCUUUCUUCCCCUUUUUUGGGGGGGGGGCUCCCUUAGCUGGCUGGCAGUCUUCUUCCUCGCGGCUAAGGGGGCAGACCAAGCGUAGGGGAAGCGAAGUGGUGGGAAAGGGAGCGAGCCUCGGGCGCCAUGGGUGCAUCUGAGUGGGGGGGAGGGUGCCUCCUGGUCCCAGCCAGUGCCGCCUCCCCCUCCUCCCACCGCCGCCCCCUCGACGUGCCCACCCACCCCGCUCCCGCCGCGAUCCCGCACUCAAGGCGCGGCGCCUGUCUCCCUCUACAGCAGGAUGGAAGAUGAAGCGUACGACGAAGACGGCAACACCCUGCCCGACUACGCCUUCGACAGCGAGCCCCUCGGGAUAGCCGACCCUUCCUCCAUGCUGGACGACGUGUACACCUUGUAUUACCCACCGGAAAAGAGGUGAUUAAGCCACAGAUAGAUAGAGUUCAAAGCAGGCUGCGAUCCUGGCCACCCUGACCUGGACUGGACGCGCCCCUUGCGCCGGAGCAGCUGCGCAAUGGACCGCGCGGUGGGUGUGGCGGGCCAGUGGGGGUGGGGUGGGAAGAGAGGUGGUUUCCCAGCCUUCCUCCGCUUUGUCUUUGGAAGAGGGUGAGGAGGAGAAGCACCCCUCUCAAGCCGAGGAUCCUCCUCUGCAAGGUUUCCGCGUCAGACCGAGAACAGACGGGGUAGGGAAGAAGGAGGCGAGCAAUCCGACUUACCUCUCUCCGGGAAAAAAAAGCCAGUUUCUGAGCAGCGCGCCGCGCGCCCCAUCCUAGAAAAUAACCCGAGUUGCCCCGACAGCUGCCAGCUGGGGGUGGGAAGAGGGAUGGGAGCGCGCGCGCUCGAGACUCCGCUGCCCAGGUAGGCGCGGCCCGAGGUCCCUGGGGGACCCAAGCAGAGGCAGACCCCCAGAUCCCCCCCCCCCUUGCUGAGGUUUUCCUGCAGGAUGAGCCCUGGGUAGUACUCGGUCCCUCCAUCAGCUUGCUGGCCGUGGCUUGUUGCCUGUUUUAUUUUGAUCUCUGUGUCUCCCUCCUCCCUCCCUCUCUCCACCGCUUCCCUCCCCCCUUCGUUUCUUCUUUCUAGGCAUGCGGACGGGAUCUUUAAUAAAGCCUACAGGAAAGUCUUGGGCCAGUUAUCGGCGAGGAAGUACCUUCAUUCUCUGAUGGCCAAGCGGGUGGGGUAAGACGGUCUUCCUUGUUUGGGUGGGGGUGGGGUGGGGAGGGAGUGUGGGUGUGUAAGGGGUGGGGGAGAAUCUAAGGAACAAAUCUUAAUGGACCAUCCCAUGGGGUUAGAAUGCAUUAAAUGGCACUGGGCAUGUUAUUCUGUAGAGCUCAGCGGAUCUGUCAUCUCUGCACAAACGAUAGAAAUGCAUGCAAACCUGGAUCACAGUUCGAUUCACAGUUCUGGAUCAAACUGUCCCAGGGUGCGUGGAAGACCAACAAGCAUAGCUGUCAACUUUUCCCUUUUCUUGCGAGGAAUCCUAUUCGGAGUAAGGGAAUUUCCCUUAAAAAAAGUAAAACGUUGACAGCUAUGCCAACAAGUCUGUCUCUAAGUCAGCGCGUUUAGGGAACGUGGGUGCCAGUCGGGUCAUCGCCGUUAAGUUGGGCUGUUGAUCAAACUACGGGUGGAAUGUCAUCCAGAGAAGAGUAUUAUUAAACAGAACUGGGCUGAACUCCCGGAGAGGUGGGCUUUCCCGGUUUACAACCUUCAGAGGAUUGAGCUAUAUUGUUAAAUAGGGUUGCUAAUCCUCCACGCUCCCUCGAAUGUGACACAACCGGCCUCCCUCCCCGCCCCAUUCAGCCUGACGGGAUGAAAAGGUGCGGCGACAAGCUCAGCUGAUAAAGACCUUGUCAGUUGCACAGUUCGCUCCUCUGCAGAGUCUGACCGACCCCCUCCAACCCGCUGGGGAUGAUUAAAUAAAUACUCGAGGCUCCUUUGGGAGGAAGAGGGCAUCAUUUCCAUAGAUCCAGGCGCAGACUGACCACAGAACGUGCGGAAAGGAAAUAAAAUUGGAAGUAAAAACAAAGCAGCCCCUCCCUCCUUCUCCCCCCCCCCCCCGUCCCCGACCUCUGCUUUGAAAUCAACCCUCCUAGCCGGAUGCCAGCCCGCGCGUGUAUCGGCAGAAGGCAACAUUUUAAUAAAGCCCAGGGGGAAAUGGAUUACACCAUUUCAGGAUGAAUAAUUCAUGCCAGGAAGAGAUUGUCUCCCUACUGUCGACUUGUAUUAUGAUCACACUUCAACUUCCGCAGCGUGGUUAGAGAAAGCCUUUGUUUCUUGGCGCCGGGGAAAAAACCUGCCCUUUAUUGCUCCGGCCCCUGCUCUACGUGUUGCUCGCGCUGCUUGAAAGGAGCAACCCCCAUCUUUUAAGAAACAAAACAAAACCCCGAUCCCUGCACACUCCACCGCCAGAUCCUUCCCUAGACCACAUGUUUUUGGAUAACUCUGUGAUAAAAAGGAUGAUGAUAAUGAGGAUGAUAUAAAGGGGGAAACACACACACACACAAGCUUCGAAUUGUUGAAAGGAUGAAGGUUAAUCGGGGCAGAUCGCGAGGGGCUUAUUGUUUGGCAUGGGGGGCAUUGGCCUGUGGAGCAAGCCUGGGUAGGAAAGAAAAGGGAAAGCUGGGAAACCCCCCGAAACACAAACACACACACACACACACACACACACACACACAGCGGACAGCAAUACAAUGGAAGAUAAAGAGGAACAGAAAGUGACUCCUUCCUCUUGUUUAUGAACAAGAUGAUGCGCAAUAAGAGUCUACACUGAGUCUAUCCAGCAAACGCCCAUUGGCAGUGAAACUGACCAGCCUUCUGGGCGUUAAGGUGGCCUGCCUGCGCAUUUUGGGCGCAAUUUCCCGACCCCUUUCCCUUUUCUGCUUCCGAAAGACGUAGCUCCUGCGGCAGGGUUGGCGGUUUCCGAUUUUGCAACCACGUUUCGCUUUGCCUUCUUUUUCUCUCCUCCUCUCUUUCCCCUACUCCUUGCAGCGGAGCGAGCGGCCUGGAGGAUGACUCGGAACCGCUUUCCAAAAGGCACUCGGACGGCAUAUUCACAGACAGCUACAGCCGCUACCGAAAACAAAUGGCUGUCAAGAAAUACUUGGCAGCAGUCCUGGGGAAAAGGUAUAAACAAAGAGUUAGAAACAAAGGACGCCGAGUAGCCUAUUUGUAGCGAUGAGUUUCCCAAUCGCUCCUGUGUAUACAAAAGCCCCGGGGGAAAAAAAAUCCGAGAGAGGACCCCCCCAACCCGCCCCCGUCCCUAAAAAGUCAUUUCCAAACUGACUGAUCAAUCACCGCUCCUGUGUUAUCUAAACAUGUAUUUAUGUAUGAAGUAAAGCCAUUAAAUGAAUAUUUUGAUAAUAAUAUUGUUUUUCUUUUGUACCAAAAUAAUAUUUAAGAAUAAGCACUAGAGAAAACGCACAGAUCUACUUUGUGGACCAAUCCUUAAACUAACUAACUAAAUGUUAAGAUUAGAAUCUAUAGACCUGCUAGAGCCAGCUCGAUAGACUAGGGAAUUAGAGAGGACCAAUUGAUGCUGCAGUGGUUAGCAUUUGCACAAGAGACCGAGGACAUUCGCCUGAGCUGUUUUAUGUUUUUAUAUUUAAAAAAAGAAGAGAAAAAAGUGGAGAAGACAAUCAUUGUUUUGAAUAUUGCUCCUAUUUUUGUAAUGGAAAUUAAAAGGAGAGUAUUUUUAUCCAUGACAGGGUUGAAGAAAUUACUAUUCUCCAUUUGCUACUGUACAUAGACAAAGAUGCCCUGCUACAAGGGGAAUAUGAGGCUAUUGAUUUGGGAGAAUUACUGACGCAGUUCCUUGCCCCGGUGAGUCUCCUGUCAGGCUCCUUUGACACGUCCUUCCUCCUUCCCCCUUCCCUCCCCCCCUUGCUAGAAAUGACAUUUCCCUGCUUUACUCUGACUGUCCUUUUUUCUAUGUAUCUGCUCUGAUACCAAGUGAAGAACGGAGCCUGCAAGACCGUUUAAGGUGCAUCGGCCGCCCCUCGCCCCAGAACCCCUCUCUCCUGGCCACUCCUCUCAAUAGGAGGGGGGGCAAAGGAGCGCCUCUCCCUGCCUGUACGAGGGGAGAGGGGGUGAAGGGUCAUGCCGAUCCGCCUUAGCGCUUGUGAGCAGAGAGGACCAGGGUCCGGUAGUUUAAGAGACGAUUGUAGUUCAGCAGGAUGCAAAUUGUCGAAAUAAAUAGUUGCGCCCCAAUGAGAAAUCCUGGAAGAGUUGUUUUUUUCUGGUUUCUAGGAUAGCAGACUAAGAAGGGGGCCUGUUCCCAUAUGCAGGUGUGUGUAUACACAUAUAGAUACACAAUGCACUGUGUAUAAAUAUAUACACAGUGUGUAUAAAUAUAUAUAUCUCACACUGUGCAUAUGUAGGGUCCAGACUUAGCCAUGCUCAGAAUAGAUUGAUGCGUCAACUCUAAGAACGCCAAAGUCUGGAUCCAACCCUGAGGUAGCCUCAGAAGUAAUAAGUUCGAUCCGUUAGGAAGUUCGGAGUUCAGAUCUAGGGCGGAAUAGAGAAGAAACGACCCCCCUACCCCAUCCCUUUGGGUUUUGGACUUGGCACAGUGUAGGUUCUAGGAGUUAAAGAUAACCUGCCCCAUCAGGCCGGAUCUAUCCAUGCAGCAGACGGAGGUGAAACUCGUGAUGGCAAAGUGGACAAUAGCACUUCAGAAAGAAAGAAAGAAAGAAAGAAAGAAAGAGUCCUGCCAGUAGAAAACUGGAAGGAAGAUUCUAGUACAGUUCCAUUCCUCCAUUCCCAACGCCAGAAGUUAAUAAGAUAUAGAAAUAAUUAAAGGGAGCAUUUUUUUUUAAAUUAAAAAAGUGCACCUGUAAUCUGAAAUGGUAUAUUCCACUCUGCAACCUUAAGCAACUCUACCACCUUCCGUUUCCACCUAUUCUGCUGCAGGUGUGGAUCCCGCCUCAAAGAGAUCCAUCGGCCUACGAGCUGUUUGGUAUCGGAUCUUGAUGCAAAGUAUUCACGUGUAACUCUCCAGUGCUGUCCAUCCUUCUUCUCAUCUUGUGAUAUAUUGGCUAGCGUUCUCUCUUGAUAAUCGCCCCCCGCCCCGCCCGCCCGGUGGGAGUCACUUUCACCCUCUCUCCCUCCCCGCGCCCCUAGUUCAUGGUUCCCUGAUAGAACUUUCGCUUCUCCGCCCUCGAUGGCCUCUCUCGCAAAUGUUGUGUUUUCCAUCGGGGCCACUUUCGUUUCUUUUUUCCCUCGAAAGCAACAACCAACAAUUAUAUUGUGAACGCCUCAGGCACUUUUGGUUUUGUUAUGAUGCAAGCUCUUAAUUGUCAGACUGUCUUAGGCCCCUCCCCCCCUGCUGUAGCGCCUAUAUCUAUAUAUCUCUCUAUAUAUUCCACCACUAAAGAAUUAUGCACUAUGACGAAAAAGUUUUUUUUCCCUUUCUUUUUCCUUUCCUUUUCGGUUCCUUGUUGAUUUAUUGAGUUUGGAGGUUUAAAAUGUAUUUUUCUACAUUAUGGCUUUAACCGCUUAGUAAAAUUUAUUUCAUACAAUCAACUUUGGUCAUGCUAGAAUGUGUAGUGUUCCCUCUGCGCUUCAGUUUCUAAGACCUGAUCAAGCAUCUUUCUGUGGGGACGGGGACCUUGAAAUGUGAGUGCGUGUGCGCCUGCGCGUGCGUUUGUGUUUGUGUGUGAAGUGUGUGGAGGGCAUUGAAAUAAUCCCUUGGAUUGUGUGCAGUGGGUAUUGAAAUAGUCCCAACUCUGAAGGGACUUGUUUUCCCCCUCUUUCCUCCAGAGAAUUAACUGCCAAAUGUAAAUAGGGUGGUUCGAAGCCGAUCUAGUUCUGUUGAACUCAAUGGGGCUGAAGGUUGCAGUUCCAAACCGUCCAUUCUCGUUGAUGGUCUUUGUCCUGCCUUCUGUUCAUUCACACUUAUUUGGGUUGCGCCUGCGCACGGCGCCAGUCACAGGUAUGAAUGAGCGGAAGCUGCUCAAAGAACAAGCAACACCCCGCCCCCCUCUCUCUUCCCACUGAAAUCACGGGAACUUGGCAUUUUUAAGUCAGCAGACUUAUUCAGAAGGACGUCCCAUUCAUUUCAAUGGAAAACACAUUUGUUGAGGGUUCUCUUGACAGUACGGUCAUUUUACCCUGGGUUGAAUAGCCUUAGCGGCUCUCCCGCUCCCCUUCAGAUGGUAAACCAGCCCUACUGUAUUUAGGGACCCAGGACUUUCUUCCCAGGGUUCUGCCUCCACGGCACCAUUGCUUUAAGGAGCUGAGUACCUUUUGGGAUGUCGUCUGUCGGCUGCAAUGCGCCUUAAAGGAUCAGGGUGUCAAUCAGCUUCAAUCAUAGGGUGGCAUCGGAUUAAUUGGGUCUCCCGCAGCUCAGACUCGACCAAACGGGUGGGCGUCUUAUUUCUAGAGCCCCCAUCUCAGAUCUCCUUGUUGAGUUGUAGGACUUGGAUCUAAAUCCAUUUAGGUUGUCACCUUUCAUUCAUGUGUUGGAAAGAAAUCUCUUUUUUUAGCAGUGGGAUUUUGCUUGACCGUUCAACUGAAGUCAACGGAGUGAAAACCUAACCUCGAUGCAAAACGCAUCUCCCAAGUUAAAAAGUUGCCCAGGUUUCCAACUCCGUGUGAUUCUUCCUCCUGUAAUUUACCUGUAUUUGACACCUCUAGUUAGUCAAGUUAAAAGCAGGACAAAUAUGACCAUACUAAGUACAGUCUCCUUUGCUUCAAAAAAUUAAACAGAAGAGGGGAGAAGGCAACCUUUUUUUCCUGUGUUGAUGACAUUGCUUCUAGUUAUUAUGGGGGAAAUGAAAGAGUACCCGCAACAAAUAGCUGCGCUGCACAUUGAAAGCAGCAUCGCACCCCGCAGAGAAUCCCGAUAGCUGUAGUUUGUUAAGGGUGCUGAGCCUUGUUAGGAGACGCACUAUUCCCCUCACAGAGCUACGAUUGCCAGAGUGGUUUAACAACCAGCCCCUCUCCUCAGGGAGCUCUGGCAACUGCAACUCUUUGAGGGGAAUAACAGGGGUCUCUCCUAGCAACUCAGCACUCUUAAGAAACUACGGCCCCCAGAAUUCUUUGAGGGAAGCCGCGACCGUUUCAGGGGUAGGAGACUGCUUUAAAAAGCGCAGCGCACAUGGAGUUCUUCUGUGCCCGCCCCGUAACUUUAACGUAGAAUUAUCCUUCGUGUCUGAAACGACAGCCCUGUUAUGAAUGGCCCUUGUUUUUCCGAGUAAAGGGGAUUUUUAGCCUGUGAGAAUCGUCAGCAGGAUUCCCAGCUCCUCAGCUACUGAAAACGGGUGGUGGGGAGAUCUGGAAGCUCUUGAGAGAUUGGCACUCUGAUCCCGACGGCAGUUUAGCAGCCGGCUCCCCGUUGAAAUGAAUGGAACGCGUCUCCUAAGGGCAAAGCCGGGGCGGAGGUGCACGCCAGAGCCCCCUAGAGCCCAGUGCCUCGUCUUGCUUUACGAGCCACUCAGCCGUCGAGCAGAGAAAAGGCGCCCGUCUCACCCGUCAGACUCUCCCGCCCCCCCCCCGUCUGAUCCGGGCCUCCAGUAAUCCAUCACAGCAGACCCAAUCGAGUUUGCAUGCAGGUCCCAGGCGGGCUACGGCUGCAGCCAGCGGUAGCGCAGCCGUCGAGGGCCUUCGAUCUGAUGCCUGAGUGGUGUGUAUGAGAUCAAUCUUACUUGAAUUUUGCAUUCUCUUCAGGCCAUGUGA